GAAAUUGCACAUUUCAAGGGCAGAUAGCAGCGUGAGGUUUACUCUGUACUGUCUUCCACGCUAGCAUUAAUAUGAACAUGCUGUGCAGAGCUGGCCAAAUACGCAGGUGUGCAGCCAGCCUCAGCCAAACUAUAAACCAGGUAGCUGCAUCGAGGCAGAAGCACACGCUCCCUGACCUGACCUACGACUAUGGCGCCCUGGAGCCCCACAUCAACGCAGAGAUAAUGCAGCUGCACCACAGCAAGCACCAUGCCACAUAUGUGAACAACCUCAACGUCACAGAGGAAAAAUAUAAGGAGGCACUAGCAAAGGGAGAUGUGACGGCACAGGUUGCCCUCCAGCCUGCUCUGAAGUUUAAUGGAGGAGGCCACAUUAACCACACUAUCUUCUGGACAAACCUUUCUCCAAAUGGUGGAGGCGAGCCACAGGGGGAGCUGAUGGAGGCCAUCAAGCGAGACUUUGGCUCCUUCCAGAAGAUGAAGGAGAAGAUGUCGGCGGCUACGGUGGCGGUGCAGGGCUCGGGAUGGGGCUGGCUGGGCUACGACAAGGAGAGUGGAAGAUUGCGUAUCGCUGCUUGUGCUAACCAGGAUCCCCUGCAAGGAACUACAGGUCUCAUACCCCUCCUUGGUAUUGAUGUAUGGGAGCACGCCUACUACCUUCAGUACAAAAAUGUGCGGCCGGACUAUGUUAAGGCGAUCUGGAGUGUCAUCAACUGGGAGAAUGUGAGCGAGCGUCUCCAGACUGCCAAAAAGUAGAAUUCAGUCCUCAAAUAUCCCUGAUAACUCCUCUCGUCCUGACCUGGACUUGAGUCAAACAGCAGUUGCAAAUAAUGUUCACUUUAGAGUUGCAUGGAGUAUCUGAGUGGUGAUGUUUUUGUUUUCAGAAUAACAUCAGUUUGAAUUACAAAUGUUGCAUCAGAGUUGAUUAAAUUAACUUUAAAUAUUUCCUAACUCAGUACAGAUUAAAUUGUCUUAAUGACAAACAUAUUACCCUGCACACACACAUUGAAGCAAAUCAUUAUUUGCAAGUGCUUUUUACCUCAGGUCUUAUCCCGACCUCCAUACUUUUAUCAAGCGCACAAAUUGGCCACCUUUCACAACAAGGCUGGCUGUUGCUAAUCACACCCAAAUAUUGGCUUGCAUUCAUGUGAAGUUGGUGUCGGAUAACCAGAACACAUAUUCAGUGAGCUUUGUGUUUGCCAGAGCAAGUAGCACUUAAAUCAGACAAUUUGCAGUUCAUGUUUUUGAUGUAUUAUAAUAAAAUUAUAGGAUUUCAAUUGUA